AUGAAAAUGCAUCGGUAGCUAUUGUCAGGCAUGGGGCAUCAGUAAACUUGUUGGAAUCUAUUAAAUACAAAUACAUCUGACAGUAACUGAAUAUUUUUUUUGUUAUACAUUGAUAUGACACUGAAAUUACACUACCUUUAGCGGGAAAUAGCAACGACUAACAACGUCAACAAGUUUUGAGACACCAUUGGAGCUAUCCUGGAAUAGCUAUCAAUAACCUGAGCUAGCUGCUAGUGUCGAACUUUCGACUCAUCUUCAAGUGAAAUCUUAUUUGUGACAGCGGAAGCAAAGCCAUCAUGUUUAUCAGCUGAUUUACAAACCCGGCGAUAUCGAGGUCUUUGCACGUACAAUUUUUCUCCAGCAAUGGAUGGGGCUAUGAGCAAGAAGUUGUUGAAGGAGGCCUUCGUCAGCAAUUUGAAUGGCACAACUUUGGGAGAAGUUGCUUUUGGAUCCUUGGUAGCACCUUUGUGUGUGCUGAGCCGAGGGUUAUUUUUCAUCCUUUAUUAUCUCGGCAAAGGGACUUUUCCUCUUUCCUGGAAGUCUCACUUUCUGUUAGACUUUACCUUCUUAGUACUCCCUUUGGUCCUGUACUCCACUUUAUUUAGUGAGGUGCUUUAUCUUGCUAUCACAGGCCUAGCAGUGAUUGACAUCGGUGCACUUUACCAAGUAUACCAAAAGAAGAAACCGGCAGCACCAUUACUUGAUUUAUUGAAGAGGUUUCUCCAGAGUAAAGUUGAGACUAAUUUGGUACCUUUUGUAACUGUUUUUAGAGUGGAAGUUAAUGUGAAAACGGCCUUAUGCAUUCUGGCAGUUGACUUCAGUGUGUUCCCACGACGCUAUGCGAAAACGGAGACCUACGGAACUGGUGUCAUGGACCUAGGUGUGGGAGCUUACAUACUUGCAAAUGCAAUAGUCUGUCCUGAGGCACGGGGAAAAGAAAAGAAGGGGUCGAAUUUCAGCCAUGUUGUGAGACAACUGUGGUCCGUCUGGCCCUUGGUUUUGCUUGGGAUGGCAAGGAUGAUUAGUGUGAAAAUGUCAGGAUAUCAGGAGCAUGUGUCUGAGUAUGGAGUUCACUGGAACUUUUUUUACACUUUAGCAAUAGUGAGGGUCAUAGCAUCCAUGAUAUUGGCUGUAUUUCCAGUCAACAAAUCCUGGCUUUUUGCGGUUUUGAUUUCUGGAAUUUAUCAGGUCAUCCUGGAGACAACUAGCCUGAAAACUUUCAUUAUCCACAGUGAAGAUAGGACCGGGAGUUUUCUUUCUGCUAACAGAGAGGGCAUCUUCUCUGUGUUUGGCUAUGUAGCUAUUUACAUGGCAGGAGUGCAAGUCGGGCUGUACAUAAUGGAAACAAGACUACUGAUCAAAGACUGGUUGAAGGUUAUUAAGAAGCUAUUCAUUGUGAGUUUUCUAUUAUAUUUGAUGUUACACUUCUGUCAGACACGCAUAGAACCAGUUUCACGUCGGAUGGCCAACCUGCCUUACUGUGUCUGGAUUAUUGCUGAAUGUAUGUAUUUCUUGACUUGUUUAAGUGUUGUUGAUGUUGUUUUACUAUUUGCAAAAUCCCUGACAAGUUGUUACAUAAUUCCAACCUCAUGGAAUCCGCAUCAAGAUGAUGAAAUGAAGAAAGCAAAUCCAAGAACAGAAAUGGAAGGCUUAUGCAUUAUUCAGUCUGUGAACCGAAAUCAACUCUUAUUUUUCAUGAUUGCAAAUCUAAUGACAGGACUUACAAAUGUGAUUGUAGAUACUGUGAGUAGUAAUGAUUUGUUUUCUGUGUCUGUCUUGGUUAUGUACAUGUUCAUUAAUAGUGCUGUCAUUUUCAUAUUGCACCGCAAAGGAAUAACAGUAAAGUUUUGGUAGGCCCUCUUCCAACCCAGGGAACUUUUGUAUAUAGAAGAAACCUGUCAACAUAGACAGAUUACCAAUCUACAGCAUGCUUUGUAUAUAUAUGCUGCUUGUACAACUAAUGACUACUGUUAAACUAUUUACAUGUUAUGAUCUUCUCCCGCAGCUAAUGCAGUGUUGCAUUUGAGAUGGAGAUGGAGAUGCAGGUGUUCAUUCAGUUCAAGAGAGACAAAUAUGCAUAGAAAAAGACAAAUAAAAAUGUCGUUAUUUUUGUAGGUGUGGGUACAUUGGUGGUGGGAAGUGAGGUUUCCUCAUCACUGUGAAGCACUUUGGGUGUCUUGAAAAGUGCUAUUUUUAAAUGCAAGUUGUUGUGUAUAUGAUACUUUUUCUAAGGGAAUGCCAAAAUGACAACUGUUCGACAUAACUCGCAUGAGUCAUUAUUUAGGUAGGUGCAGCUUGUAAUAUUGCACCUUUUUUUACGUUCUGGUGUGUUAUCGCCCCCACCUGGUCAAUAAAAGAAGACAUGAUACUUUA